UUCAAAUCACGCACGAAACGCCAACAAAACCGCAAUUCAUAUAUUGCCGCCUCACCGAAUGGCGAACGCGAUGCAGAUUUUGAAUGGCUCGCCAACGAGAUGGACAAUCGCGCCAACGAAGACCUCGAGCAGCGGCUAGUCGAAGAAUUGGAGAUGUGUGAGGAUGGCGCAGCUAUUGUGGUCUACAAUGAAGAUGGUACGCAUCGCUUACAAACAGUGCAGAAAGAUGAAUUCUAUGUGCCAGUGCAUUUUGCGCGCACCAAUGCCGGCACCUUCUUCUGGACCUCGCUGCAGCGUGAGACCAUCGAGCCAUAUAAAAUACAAUGGAACUUUAUGGAUCGCUGGGCGCAAGCGUAGAGGCAGCGAUGGGGCUGGCAAACAUUGAGCGGUGGCACUGAAAUUGUAGGGACUCAUUUGUGUUAGGCGAAAAGUGGAAAUUUUCAAUGGAAUACUGCUGGCUGCUAGGCGCAUGCGCGCGCAUGUAUGAACGUGAUGAAGCAAGGUUUGGUCACUGCGACCUUGCGCAACGUACGCGUCGGUGGGAUACUCGUAACUCGGAGAAAUUCAAAGACAAGAAAACGCAUUGGAAAAAAUUUGGAAACUCAAAUUCAAAAAGCUGUAAGAUGCUACUAAGGAAUGUGACUAUUUUUCGUAUGAAAAAAGUUUACUAUUUCUGGUAUGCAUCAUUUUGUUUGAUGAAAUUUAAAAAUACGCAAUUUUGUAAUUUUUUGUUAUGAAAAAAAUUUAUUAAAAAUUGUUCUCUUACAAAUAAUGCUGAUUGUACAAAAAUGUGGGAUGUUAACUCUGAAUGCAAAGAAAAGUUUAGGUAUUUUUAUGGCAUACGAAAAU